CAAACUGCCACACCCGUAUAACUUAUAUUUAAGAAGUUUGUUUUCUUAAACAAAAUAAAUUUUAGCUAUAGAAAUUGCAAUAUCAAAAACUUAUACUUCGAUAUAAUUACCAUGUUUACUAGAAAUACAUUAAUUUUUUCACUUUUAUUAUGUACUUCUUUUAUUGGAGUAAAUUGCCUCGAAUGCUAUGUUUGUGAUUCACAAGAAGAUAAUUCAGAAAAAUGUAUUAAAACUAUUAAAACAUGCACCAACAAUGAGACUGUUUGCCUAACUGAAAUAAAGUGGGGAACUGCUCCGUAUUGGUCGCAAGGCGCAAAAAAACAAUAUUAUAUAUCAAAAAGAUGUUCUGAGAAGGAAGAAUGUAUUAUAAUGAGGCAGCGUAACAUGCCUCUUUGUACUCAUAUUUGGUAUCAAGACUGGGUGUGUUCAGAUUGCUGUCAAGGCGACAGAUGCAACUACUACAUAAUCAGUGGCAGUGGAACAUUGAAACCUGCUAUUGGUAUGUUAUUAGGAGUACUUUUAAUUAUAAGAAGUAAGUUAGUUUAACAAAUAAUCAAUAUUCAAGACUCAUUAAAAAAAAUGGAGCUUGUUUGAAUAAAAGUACUGGACUUUUUGUUUAAAAUAUUAUUAAUUUAAACUUUAAUUGAUACUAUUUUUUUAAUUUUGUCAAUUAUUUAACAUUUUAUUGCCUUUUAGUCUCAGAAAAUAAUGAUUUCUAUAUACAGUACAGUAGUGACCUCCUAAGCUACUCUCAGUAGAUGGUACAACAUAUUUAUUAUUCUUAGAAGGAUAGAAAAUCUUGAAUUAAAUCAUGAUCAUAUAGUUUGAUGACUUUGCUUUAGUGAGCAAUCAAUGAUAAUUAACAUAACAUUUUAAAACUUUUUUUCUUAGUGUAUUUAUAUUCAUUCAGCUUGUGAAAGACUUUUCCAUUACCUUAUUCUCUUAACAUGAUAAGUAUAUUUGUUGAAAUAUUACCUUUGUCUGAUUGAAUUCAUUUUAUAUAUUUGAACAUCCGCAAAUGAGUUAGAACAUUUUGCUGUAUGUAAUUCGAAUAAUCAUUAUUGAUUGAUCAAUUUAUUUAUUGUUUGUAAGUUCUCCUUGAUAACUAAAUAUUGACCCUAAAAAAUCUAAUCUAAUUCUUAAAAAAAAUUAAGUUUGAAGAUGUUUGAUGUAAUCCAAUAAUUACUAUUAUAUUUUAAGUGUGUGAUACAUCACACUAGAUAAAUAAAUAUAUAUAAGCAGUAAUAAAUUUUAUAGCAAUAAAUUAAUACAUAGAUGUAUUUUUAUAUAUUGUGGUAUUUUCACUAUUUUAUGGUAAUUGUUAUAUAUUAGAAAUAGUAUUAGUUUUAUUUGUUUUGAAUCUCAAAUCCGUCCAAUUACAAUUGUGCAUUAUAAGUGUUUUAUAGUUAUUAUAUAUUUUUAAUUAAUUACAUCAGUAAAAAUAAUUUUGAUAAA